CAACAGGCAUAUACAUUAUAUUGCCAAAAGUAUUUUCCCCGCCUUCCCAAUCAUGUGAUUCAGGUGCUCCAAUCCCCUCCAUGGACACAUGUAUAUACAAUCAAGCCCCUAUGCAUGCAGGCGGCUUCUACAAACAUUGGUGAAAGAAUGGGUCGCUCUCAGGAGCUCAGUGACUCCAAGCGUGGUCCCGUGAUAGGUGGCCACCUGGGCAAUAAGUCCAUCCGUGACAUUUCCUGGCUACUAAAUAUUCCACGCUCAACUGUUAGUGGGAUUAUAACAAAGUGGAAGCAACUGGGAACAACAGCCACUCAGCCACCAAGUGGUAGGCCACGUCACAUGACAGGGCGGGGUCAGCGCAUGCUGAAGCGCACAGUGCGCAGAAGUCACCAACUGUCUGCAGAGUCAAUAGCUAAAGACCUCCAAACUUGGUGUGGCCUUCAGAUGAGUCCAACAACAGUGCGUAGAGAGCUUCAUGGAAUGGGUUUCCAUGGCCGAGCAGCUGCAUCCAAGCCUUCCAUCACCAAGUGCAAUGCAAAGCGUCGGAUGCCGUGGUGUAAAGCACGCCGCCACUGGACUCUA